AUGCAUCUGCCUCGCGUCCCACGGUCAAAACACGAGGAAAAGAGCGCCGCAUGUGCGCGCAUGAUUCGAUGCACUACAUGCUCGCGCUCCUGCGGAGGCUUGCGGUGUAGCGUGCAAGAGCAUCCGCGGCACAGCGGCACUACCUGGCCCUCAAGCUCCACUUCGCCGGCUGUUAACUGGCAGCAGCCGCGGCACUUGCUGAACCAGCCGCACGCGGCCGCGGUGUCCGAAUCGCUAGAGCAAGAGUCGAGCGGAGCAGCUGGGGCGGCAGCAGCAAACCUGUUAGAUAGCCUGGUCAAUUAUGAGCGCAGCGGCAUACCGCCGGCGGCCGGCACAGCAGGCUCGUCCCGCUUCGAUUUGGGUCGCAUGCACCGUCUUCUGGCGGCGCUGGGAAAUCCCCACAUGGGUCUCAAGGCAGUACAUGUGGCAGGAAGCAAGGGCAAGGGCUCCACCGUAACCCUGCUGGCCCACAUCUUGGCAGCUGCCGGCUACCGUACCGGUGUGUACACCUCCCCUCAUCUGCUGGCGCUGGAGGAGCGCAUCGCGGUGGCACAUCCGGGUGCCGUAUCGCGCCGACCCCGUCCACUGCCGCCCGACGACCUGGCCUUCCUGAUCGACCGGCACGGGGGCGCGAUUCGGUCUACGGUGGCGGCAGAGGGCGGCGCGCUGAGCCACUUUGAGGUGCUGACGGCACUGGCGUUCAGGUACUUUGCGGACUGUUCGGUGGAUGUGGCGGUGUUGGAGACCGGCCUGGGGGGGGCCACGGACGCCACCAACGUGGUGCCUGGCGCCAACUUGCAAGCAGCCGUCAUCACGGCACUAGGUAUGGAGCAUGUGGAGGCCCUGGGGGGCAGCCUCCGCUCCAUCGCUGCUGCCAAGGCUGGCAUACUGCGCCCCGGUCGACCGCUGGUGCUGGGCCGUCAGCUGUAUGCGGAGGCGGAGGAGGUGGUGUUGACGGAGGCGGAGGCGAAGGCCUGCAGUCCCGUGGUGCGGGCGCAGAGCCUGGUUUCCGUACGAUCGCACGGCAUCGAGAUCCAGCUUGACCGAUGCGGGCAGAUCGCCCGUGAGAGGCUGUCACUGGAGCUACUGUCGGAACCUGAUUUGUACGGCACUAGCUUUGGAACCAUGACCAACCGCAGUAGCGGCGGCAGUAGCCGAUAUCUGGAGGCGACGGUUGGCCUGGUGGGUGCCCAUCAGCACGACAACGUGGCGACGGCGGUUGCGGCAGUUAGGGUGCUGCAGCGGGAAGGUGGUUGGCGGUUGGAUGAUGAGGCAGUGGUUGAGGGACUACGAGAGGCGCAGCUUCCCGGCAGGUUCCAGGUGGUCAAACUACCAGGUCCAGAGGGGCCCUAUGUUGUACUGGACGGAGCGCACACCGCGGAGAGCGCCGCCGCCCUGACAGCCAGCCUGCGCGCCGCCUUUCCAGGGCCUACAACACCGCUGCAAACUCAACCAGCCGGCUCCGGAACCGACAUUGGACCCGUGGGUCACCCCGUGGCUCUGGUCCUGGCUAUGGCGGAUGACAAGGACCACCGAGGGACGGUGACGGCGCUGCGGGCCGUGCAGCCCCGUGUGGCGGUGUUCACCUCGGUGCCCAUAGCAGGGAGCUAUCACCGGGCCGCAGCACCCGGCACGUUGGCGGGUCAUUGGCAGGCGGCGGCCAUCCUGGCGGCAUCCGCUCCAUCCCCUGCCUCCCCAUCUUCAUCGGACGUCUCCCCAACCACACCCCAGCACCGACAGUAUCGCCCCUUUCGUUGUCGCGAACUGGUACAAGCCAGUUUGGCGGCGGCGUUCGACAAGGCGCGUCAAGAGCUGCGGGGCGUGCGUGCGAGCUUGGGGUUGGCUCCAGGGGUGGGUUCCCCCGGGGUUAUCCUGGUGACUGGCUCCCUGCACGCGGUGGCUGCCGCAUACAAGAUACCGGAGCUACAGCCGCUGCUACAAAUGGGACCGUGA